AUGGAUCCGCCUCACAUCACUGAAUUCGCCUCUGAGCGCUACUUUAGCAAACUACACCAACUCAGCGAGUCCUCAGCAAGCCAUAAUACCCAUGUUCAAAAUCACUCCCACGAUGCGCAUCUCCUUUCACCUCAUUUGCACCCCUCCCAACCCAUCCCUUCACAGUCAUCAACGUUCAUCCUUCCGCUCCGUACCUCUAAAACAAAUGAGACUGAUGCCGAGUACGUUCGAGCCGCAGACCACAAACGGCUGGACAAAUCUCGACUCUUUGGCUUAAGAUCCAAAGUUUCGAUUCUUCACCCUAAGUCUUCAAUAUCCUACAGUGAAUCGCCUGAGCAGCCUGUGGGGGUUUCGAGGUCAAAGACGCUUCCGUUUGACCAGUUAUUUCUUGCCUUGCCUACAGAGCUCCAAAUUCAAAUCAUCUCGUCUCUACCUCUAACCGACAUCCUCAACCUCCGCCGAGUCUCGAAAGCAUGGCAUGCACUUGUUACUUUGAACGAGGCACCCAUCGCUCGCUAUCACCUCGAUCAUCACAUUCCGGCUUAUGCUCUGCGCCUCUACCCAUCCAAAGACCCGACUACUGCCAACUUUCAUCAUCUCUGUGGUCUGUGGCAUCGCCUGCACGUUGCAGCGAAAUUAUCAUUCCUCAUGUGCGAAUGGAUUACCAAAGAAAUAUUCCUUCGAACGACAGAAGCUCAGCGGCAGGAAUUUGCUCCUCAACGGGAACGGAUGCGUCGACGUCUCAUCCCUCUGCUUUUUACUCUUUUCCACUUUUUCGAAACUUACAGGAAACUACAUCUGCAACAUAUCCAUGAUCACAACGGACAUGGUUUACUACAUGAACCUUAUACAUUGAAUCCGAUCGAAGCACAAAUCAUGAACAUGUAUGAUGAUCAAACACUGUUACGUGUCCAUCAGGUUUUCCCUCUCGUUAUUUCCUCCUUCUGCCGACGGCUACGGCCACCAUCGUAUGCUGGUCGUGUCGAACGAUCACUGAGAGGUUAUCUAAAAGAAAAGCCCCCUGAUGAAGUGCACGUCGCAAUUCUUUGCGUUGGUGGCCUGCGACAAGUCGAGAGGCUCUGGGAGAUCAAAGGAUAUAACAGCAGGAGGAGUGCUGUUGAUGUUUGGUACAGUUCCAUUGCCAGGGACUCAAUCGAACAGCCACCAGGCAAACGACGAGGUAUUAUGGGAUUAGGCCGAAAAAAGUCGUCCUUGUCAGUUAGGGACUCGAUGAAGGGCGCUCCCCAAGAAGGAUUAUCGGUUCGGCGCGCAUCUGGAACAUUCCUCGAUCCUAUUGAGUCUUAUGACGGCAAUCUCAUAUUUAACACGAGCCUGGCUGCAGGCAUGCCAAUGGGACCACUUGGACGGGACCACGUUCGUCGUAUACUUGCAGACCUACCCAGUCUACAACAGCUUUGGUUGGCGACGGCGGAGGCUCUGAUUUUGGAACGGGGUAUUGUAGAGCGUACCCAAGAUAUUAAGCGCAAUGCGCAAGUUAUGCUGGAACUGAUUCGCGAUGACGGUAUGGAUGAGGAGGAUGAGUGGUGGUACGGGCGAAGCACACCGGAAUCAGUGCGCCCCCCACUGGAGGCUAUAGAGGAAGAUCUUAUUGACGGCGUUUGA